AUGAAGCUCACCAUCAUUUCUGCUAUUAUUGCUGCUUUCUUGAGAGUUGUCCAGGCUGUAUCAUUGGAUUCAUCUGAAGACACCUUUCUCACCAAGCUUGCUGAAGAUGCUGCAUUGUACCCUGAACAAUAUGCUCAAUUCUUCCGUACUGCUACUGUCUCUGCUCCUUCAGCUUUGGAAGAUUUUGCCAAAGACGUUGCAACCUUCACUGACGAAUCAUUUACUACUCUUUCUGCUGUCCAGAACUUGGAUGUGUCAGCCAUAGAGUCUUUCGCAACCAAUUUCCCAUGGUUUCUGCUGAGAUUGGAACUUACAACUACUAAGACUGCUGCUGGUAAAAAUGCCAAAACUCUGGCAACUAGCUCUAAAUCUUCUUCUACUAGUUCUUCUGGUUCUGGUAGGAAGUCUGAAAUUUGUGCCUCCGUGCUCGCAUGA